AUGGGCUUCUGGAAGUUCUUUCCCUUUCUGGCUCUCAGCAGCAUAUGGAUCCUGUGCCUGGCCAGCAGCCUCCAGGCAGCACCUCUCAGGUCAGCCCUGGAGAGCAACGUAGACCUGGCUACCCUCAGCGAACAGGAAAAGCGCUUCCUGCUGGCUGCUCUUGUGCAGAACUACUACGAGCUGAUGAAGGCCAGGAAGCUGGAGCAGGAGGAGCAGGAGGCUGAGAGCUCCAGUGUCACUACCCAGAAGAGAUCCUGCAACACUGCUACUUGUGUGACCCACCGGCUAGCGGGCUUGCUGAGCAGGUCAGGGGGUAUGGUGAAGGACAACUUUGUGCCCACCAAUGUGGGCUCCAAAGCCUUUGGCCGGCGCCGCAGGGACCUUCAGGACUGA